UUAACAAACCGUGCCCUUAAGGCCAUCCGAAGCAGGAACAGGAGCGGGCCAUGUGGUCCCUCCUGUCUGCUCCCCCGUUCGGCAGGAUCGUGACUCAUCCCACCCUCCUCGUGUCCGUUUUGCUGCCCUUUCCUCGGAUCAAGGACCUGUCUCAGCUUUCAAUUUACACAAGGAUUGUGCCCCACACCUCUCCGUGGCAAGGAAUUCCGAAGACUCUGGGAGAAAGGGAUUCCAUCUCUAUGAAAACUGCUGGGCUGGAAAUUUGAGCAGCAUCUGGUGUAUAGGAGGUGGCUAAUAACAUGGACCUUGAAAGUAGCUUAUACACUCCACUCCUGCGGACUAUUGAAGAACCUCCUACAUCCCCAGUGGCAUCAGCAUCUAUGAAAAUUAUGACCUGCCUGUUGGCUGUUGCCUCCAUCACUAUUGGUACUGUCUAUUUGGAUUCCUGUCCCAAGCAGUACCUGAUCCCAAUUUAUUUGAUUGUCUCUGGUAGCUUUACCCUGUUCUUUGUGAUGAUUUCACUAGUUUCAUGUGCUCCAAAUGAUGAGAACAAUAUUUUGGCUUUUCAUAGAAUUGGCAGAGUUUGGAAAAGUCUCAUCUCUCUGUUUUCCUUCAUCUGGUUUAUAACAGGAAAUGUUUGGAUCUACAGCAUCUAUGAGCCAGAAUAUAUUGACAAAACAUCUCCCAAUUACUGCGAUAAAACUCUCUACUUUUUUGCCUUCUGGGCUACCACUAUCACAUACAUCCUCCUUGGGAUUGCACUGUUUCUAGGAUUCUGUGGCUUGCUUUGUGCAUGUGCUUUAGGUGGGACACUGAGCAUCAGGCAAAGAAACAGCUGAAUUUUGGCUGAAGAAAUCUUGUUCAGUUUUUUGUGGGGGGGGGGAAGAAUGAUCUGCUCACUGUCAAAUAUACAUGCCUACUGUGGGUGAAAUUUGGUUUGAACUCAUUAGCAGUGCAUGUGUAGACUUUUUUAUUAAAGCUGAAAACACUGUUCUUUCUACACUACUUCAU